AUGAGUCUAACCGAAAUUUGUGGUUUAUCGGAUAACAUUACCUUUAAAAAUUCCUUGUAUAAAAAUUAUUUGCACCAAUUUUUUACCAAUUUCAACUGUAACAUGAGUUUGCAAGUACCACCGUUAAGUGAUCCUGCAAAUAGUUUUACGAUACUCACGGAAAAUGAAACGGGACGUGAAUUGAAAAUGAAUUUUGAUCAUGGUACAACUACCUUGGGAUUCAAGUAUGAAGGAGGAGUAGUUCUUGCAGUAGACUCCAGAGCUACAGGAGGACAAUUUAUUGGCUCCCAAACUAUGAUGAAGAUUGUUGAGAUAAAUGAUUUUUUAUUAGGAACAUUAGCUGGGGGUGCAGCAGACUGUGUAUAUUGGGAUAGGGUUCUUGCAAAACAAUGCAGAAUAUAUGAACUUAGGAAUAGAGAACGUAUAUCUGUAGCUGCUGCUUCCAAAUUAUUGGCAAAUAUGGUCUACAAUUAUAAGGGAAUGGGAUUGUCUAUGGGAAUGAUGUUAGCUGGUUGGGAUACAAAGGGCCCUCAACUCUAUUAUGUAGAUUCAGAAGGCCUUCGAACAGCAGGAAAAGUAUUUAGCAUUUGCUCUGGUUCAAUUUAUGCUUUCGGUGUAUUGGAUUCAGGUUAUAAGUGGGAUUUGACAGAUGAAGAAGCUCAUGCUUUAGCUCGAAGAUCAAUUUAUCAUGCUACUCAUAGAGAUGCAUACUCUGAUGGUAUAGUAAGGGUUUACCAUAUGAGAGAAACAGGUUGGGUUCAUAUUGAUAAUAAUGACUGCAGUGACUUACAUUACAAGUAUAUCAAAGAAAGGGAUGAAUAA